AUGAAAUCCAAGUUAAUUCCAAUACCCUACACCGUUGGAGUUAUCAAGCCUCAUAUAGCUCUAAAGGAGGAUAAGGUUGAUGAAAUAAUGCAAAUUCUAGAUAAGAAUAACUUUGAAGUAUUUCAUUCAAAGAGAAAAAUCUUAACUAGAGAGGAGAUUUUAAAUUUGUUCUACCCUUAUCGUAACGCCACAUUCUAUGAGGCUAUUUCAGAACAUCUUCUUUCAGCAGAGUCUUUAGUCUUCAUUUUGGUAAACAAAGUUGAAUCAGUCUACGAUGAGUCUAAAGAGGAAGAUGUUAAGUUGGAGAGCCCUAUAGUAAGAUGGAAGAAGCUCAUUGGUGAUAAGGAACCAUCAGAGGCCAAAGUAAAAGAUCCUAAUUCUUUAAGAGGAAAGUAUGGAGUUGACAUCAUUAAGAAUGCUUUCCAUGGCUCAGACGAUCCCAAGGCUGCUAAUAAGGAGAGAGACGUGUUCCUCUUCCCUGUGCCUGAGAAACCACCCGAUUUCUAAUUCAUUAAAACCAAAAUCACCAUCAAUAGUAUCAUGAAAUUCUUGUUUCCACCUAAUCUUGAACACUCAAACACAACUGGAAGAUUAGACCUUCUAGCACUAUAUGGCCCUAUAGUAUGCUAUCAUUCUGUUGAUAGCUGCUUCUGCAGAAAUUGUGUCAAGUCUGCAAAGGCUUAAUUAGAAGAAGCAAUAAGAGAAAAGUAGGCUAAUGAGAGAAAGAGACUCGGAAUGACUGCUGAAAUCGAAACAAAGAGUGUGUCAUUAGGAAAAACAGGUACUAAGUCAACUUAGAGCAAGAAGUUACAACCUGGACCUUAGAGACUUUUAAAGGAGGCUGAUAUCAAUAUAAUCUAUAGUUCUUUGUGUCAGAAGUGUAAGACCCACUGCGAUGGAUUUGUUCACUUAACUUGUGGAAGAGAAGGUCAGCACGUAAUGUCAGACAUUGAAAUAAAUGAGUUGAUUGCUGAAAUCAAUAAGAAUGAUCUUCUACAGCUUCUAAUAGUUGAAAAAGGCUCUACUGCUAAAAUGAUCAUUGAAACCAUUGAUCUAAAAGAACCAGAUGAAAUCAUGUAUAAAGAUGAACACAUUAGAGAGCUUUUAAUUGACUUAGACACUGAUUACUAUGAAAGAUAUGACUUUGAAGACCUUCAGAAGAUGAUCCUAGAAGAUAGAAGACUAAGAAUUAACUAUUGGGUCUCCAAGAUUACCAAAAAGCCAAUAGAAAAGUUUAAGAAUCCCAAUCUCUUAAACAAGAAUGAGAAAGUUGAUCGCAACGAUAUAAAGAAUCCAUAUUUCUCUUUGUCUAGAAUACUUCCAAUCAGUUUACACAUGGCUAAGAAUCAAAGAACUGUAAAGGAAGACCACUACGAUAAGCUUCACUUCGAGCAUACAGCAAAGCUUCAACAAAAUGAACAAGAUCUGAUUAUUCAAAGAACAAUAGCUAAGGAGUUCCACAGAGUCACUGACAUCUCCAACACCAAAAAUAAAGAUGUAGCUACUAAUGCAUUACUCUUAAGGAAUUAUAAUGAUGGUAGAACUGGUGGGUGGGACAACUACUGCUGCUAUAAGGGUCAGAAUAAAGGUCACUAUAUCAAAAAAGAGGGAAGAGAUGAAGAUCAAUAUGAAGAGGAGAAAUAUUAGGAAUGA